AUGGUAGAUGCACGAGGCCUAGACAACCCUCACGAGGAGGAAGCAGAAGUCAUCUCCAGACAUCUGGACUCUCGAUUUACUGGGGCUCCUGACGGCAUCGUUGAUGUGCGGGCUGGGUCAACUGCGGAUCACGAUGAUAACCAACAAUCGUCUCUCAAACUGCUAGGAGGCGAUGUACAUCGUGACCUCUAUCGUAUUGAAGCUCGCUCGAAGCGGGCCGGAUUGGAUCAGCGCGCAGCAACAUUUUCGCACCUCCCCAGGCUGGAAACAGACAAUGACAACGAUGUCGAUAUUCCUAUCCGCAAUAAACCGGGAGCGUUCCGCCGGCAGUUCAUAGGGCGAAACAGGCGUGCCUUCAUGAAUCGGGUUACGCCGAGUAGUUUCGUGAAGUUUUUGGAAUUAUACGGCAGAUUUGCUGGUGAGGAUCUGGACGAGUCGGAAGAGGAGACACAUGCUGGAAGUGCUGGGACGCCGGGGCGCGAAGAACACCCGGAAAGAAGACCAUUGCUUGCAGGGCCUAAAACCUCUACAGGGGAUGCCUCGGACUUAAAAACAUUCUUCACUCUUCUCAAAGCCUUCAUAGGAACAGGCAUUGUUUUCCUCCCGAAGGCGUUCCGCAACGGCGGCAUACUCUUUUCACCCAUCGCUCUUCUCACGGUCUCAAUAUUGGCGUCCGUUUCUUUCCACUUGUUGCUCGAAUGCCGGCGACGGUAUGGCGGUGGGUACGGCGAUAUUGGAGAAUGUAUUGGCGGGUGGCAUCUUCGCACACUUAUUCGCGUUUCGGUCGUAACUACGCAGCUUGGAUUCGUGUGCGCUGCUAUUGCUUUUACUGCGGAAAAUUUGCGUUCAUUUGUGGAAGGCGUUGCGGCCUACAAUAUAAGUACGCCGUCCAUUACCGCAAUCAUCGCCCUGCAGUUAGUCAUCCUUGUGCCUCUUGCGUUAGUUCGCAAAAUUUCUCGACUUGGGCUAGUGGCAUUAGUUGCGGAUGUCUUCAUCUUUUUCGCCAUUGGAUACAUUUACAACUACGAUACUUCGACGAUUUCCCGCCAUGGUUUCGAGCCCACAGUUACCCUUUUCGACACCAAGACAUUUACCCUGACGAUUGGGUCGUCCAUAUUCAUGUUUGAGGGAAUAGGCCUGAUCCUUCCCAUACAAUCUUCGAUGUCACAACCAGAUCAUUUUGAUCGCAUCCUCUACAGUGUCAUGGCCCUUAUAACCUUUCUUUUUGCUUCCGUCGGGAUUUUAUCAUACGGAGCAUUUGGCAGUCAGACAAUGAUCAAUAUCAUGGACAACUUCCCGCAGUCGGAUAAGUUAGUCAACUUUGUCCGGUUAUCCUUCUCGCUAGCCGUGCUUGUGGGCACCCCAGUGCAGCUUUUUCCUGCCUUGCGGAUCAUGGAGGAAAGGUUAUUUGACAGCGCCUCUGGUCGUCGAAGCCACCACACGAAGUGGAAGAAAAAUAUUUUCAGAACCGGUAUUGUUCUUCUCUGUGGUAUAAUUGCAGCACUGGGCGCCAAGAACUUAGAUCAGUUUGUUGCUUUGGUAGGAUCCAUUCUAUGUGUUCCAUUGAUCUUUGUUUAUCCGGCGUAUCUGCAUUGGAAAGGUAUCGCGAGGUCACGGUGGGCAAAAGGAAGCGAUAUUCUGAUAUUUAUCAUGGGGGUUGUUUGUAUGAUAUAUACGACUAUGGUGACCUUAUCUGUACAGUUUAGCUGA